AUGGCUGAAGAAUUUAUUUUGGCGUUCCAGGAUUUGCAGAAGGACGAUUCCAAUAACGAGAAAUUGGUGGAUUUUGUCCGCAGCUACUACGACAACAGCAUCAUCUCUCUCGAGUUCUGCUCAACACUCCAACGGCGUCCCAACAACUCCGCAAAUGAUCAUCAUUUUCCUCCCUUCUUUCAUAACUUCUUCCAUGAUGAUUUAUCCCGUCUCGUUUCAGAUCAUUCCAUGAUGCUGGAUACGCUGAAACCGAUGUGCACCGGAUUCGUCAAGGAGCUCGAUAGCAUCGAUCUCUCCCAAAAGGUGUGUGCUGUUUUCUUCAUCGCGGCUGUCAUAAUCUGCACGGCCGCAAGUGCUAUUGCUACGGCGAAUGCCAAUCCCCAGUGGGCAUGGGCGGCAGUGGCAGGGGCCGCGACGGCUGCCCCAGUGGCCUCCAUUCUGUUUGGCGCGCUCGGAAAGUGGUGCCAUUCAGUACAUAACAAGAGUGAGACUACAGUAAGGAAAUAUAAGGAGAUCACAACGCGUAUGAUUUUGGCCGCCGAUUGCGGCAUAAAAGAUCUCACAAACAUUCACUUAGUAGCUAGUAGUUUGGAGUUCGAGACCAAAUCUUUGUCGGAAACUAUGGAUGAUGCGAAGAAAGUGGCGGCCAUGGAAAGGAGAACUGAAGAAUUACUACAGAAAGUUAAAAACUACAACGGUGAGAUCAAGUGGGUUAAACAAAAGUGCUUGAUAUUAUUAUCAAACCCUAAAACUAUCGUGUCCAUCGUUAGUUGA